AUGACGUCUCUGCAGAUUCAGUCAUUUGCGUCUCUCAUUGACCAGCUGCCGAUUGGGGUGGAGGACUCGGACAGAAUCGACAGAGCUGCAAACACAAGCUACAGCACAAGUUGCUCCACCGGUUCAGACGAUGCGCUUGUAGCAGACAGGGCCCGCGACCUUGCGGACGUCAAAGCCGCCGCUUCCACUCCAGAGUGCGGUGCCAGCAGCAACACGCCAACGAGCGCUGCAUGCGCGGACUGCCGCCAACCUGUAGUUGGGUGCUGUCCAGAGUCGCAGGCCCUCCCCAACGGAGCUGUGUGCGGAGAACACGGGGUUUUUACGGUGAUGCCCUACUCUUCCGUUGGCGGGGAGUCUGCCUGCAUGCCGCUCUCCGACUCGCAUGCGGCAGGCCUCGCCGCGGACGGCUGUUGCGCAGCAGCGCAAGCCGGCUUGGUAGGCAGCCCAUCCUUCAUGGCUCUGCCACGAGGAGACUCCUCAGCUCAGCACCCCUCUGACGCUGCUGGAGUAGCCGUGGUGCCCGCUGCUGUCGGACUUCGAGGCUCACGUUUGCAAGACGGCUGCCCUCUUGGCGAUCCGAUGCAUGUCUACCUCCCGUAUGGCCAGGAGGAAUCCUUCGGAUUCACACACGCUGGAGGGGGACCUCAGGAUUUCAGCCAUCAUCAGCACUUCGCUGCCGCUAAUCGGAUGCCUAGGAACGGUUUUGCUGUCGAUCCCAGCGGCACGAGCCCCAUGUGGCAGGGCUGGUUCGACAGGGGCCUGGGCGAAAUUUUCCUUCUAGUUUGCGUGGACUUUGCGCACUUAGGUCCUGAUCGCUUCGUCCUCUGCCUUGAAGGGGAGACUGGGCAGGAGCAGCACGUAUCCAUAGAUCGGCAGGAGCUUCUGCUAGUCGCUGGAGCCCAACUGCAGCAGCCCCAGUCGCAGGCUGAGGCGGAAGGGGCGGUGAAGUCGGGGGAGGAGUGCAGCAGACAGGCCAGUGGCAGUUUGACUAAGGGGACGGCAGCUGGGGGGGGGGGCCUUCAGAGUGGAGGUGCCCCUGCAGGCAGCAACCAGGAGGGGCCCCACAUGCCACGGACGGCUGGAGAACUCUUUGCAUCGCCUCCGGGAGAUAAGUGGAGUCAGGACGUUCGCAAAUGGCAACGUCACGUCUGCAGAGAGCUCGAGAUCCAGAAGAAGCGACUGCAGCAGCGCGAAGAAGCCUGCAGAAAGAGGGAGGAGGAGUUUAAACUGCGGGAGGACGAGGCGAGGAGGCAAAAGAUGACGAUUGCCGCGUUAGAGGGCGAAGUUCAUAAAGUUACCGAAGAGAUACAAGAGAUACUGUUGCAGAAGGAGGAAGGCAGACUCAUUGUGCAGCGGGAGUUUCUUGAGAGGAAGGGGCGAUAUGUCUCGCGGCUCCAAGAUCUCCGGCCCUUCUUGGGCACGUACUUUGAGGAUGUGCUACGCGGCGUAACGAAUUGCAGGACUAUAGGGCAGCUCAGGGGAGGGGAGAUAGCUAAGGCUGCGAAGCGUGUGCAUUCUAUGUCUGCCGCUGCCCCUUGCUAG